GCGGGGCCCCCGCGCAUGCGCUGUGCUGGCCCAGCGAUGGCGGCGCCCGGGGAGUCGCUGAGGAGACGCAAGGCUGGGGCUGGGGACCCGGAGCCCGAGGCUCCGCCGGGGCAGGGGCGCGACUUCAAGGGCCGCCCGGCCCGCCUCCGCGCGGGCACUUUCUGGCUGACCAGGAUCGUGCUCCUGAGGGCCCUCGCUUUCGUUUAUUUUGUGGCAUUCUUGGUGGCCUUCCAUCAGAACAAGCAGCUGAUCGGAGACAGGGGACUUCUGCCCUGCAGGGCGUACCUGCAGAGCGUGCAGCGGCACUUCGGAGGGCGAGUCAGCUGGGAUGCCCUGAGCUAUGCCCCCACCGUCCUCUGGCUGCUGGACUGGUCUCACAUGGAUGCCAACCUGGACGCCCUGGCUCUCCUCGGUCUGGGCAUCUCCUCAUUCAUCCUGGUCUCUGGCUGUGCCAAUAUGGUCCUCAUGGCUGCACUUUGGGUCCUCUACAUGUCCCUGGUCAACGUGGGACAGAUCUGGUACUCCUUUGGGUGGGAGUCCCAGCUCCUGGAGACCGGCUUCCUGGGAAUCUUCCUGUGCCCUCUCUGGACGCUGUCUGCACUGCCCAGGGGCACCCCCACGUCCCGGGUCGUCGUGUGGGGCUUCCGGUGGCUGAUUUUCAGAAUCAUGCUUGGAGCGGGCCUGAUCAAGAUCCGAGGGGACCGGUGCUGGCGGGACCUCACCUGCAUGGACUUCCACUACGAGACACAACCGGUGCCCAACCCCGUGGCCUACUUCCUGCACCGCUCCCCGUGGUGGUUCCACCGCUUCGAGACCCUCAGCAACCACUUCCUGGAGCUGGUGGUGCCCUUCUUCAUCUUCCUCGGACGGCGGAUGUGCAUUGUCCACGGGGCCCUGCAGGUCCUGUUCCAGGUGGUCCUCAUCAUCAGCGGCAACCUGAGCUUCCUGAACUGGCUGACCAUCGUGCCCAGCCUCGCCUGCUUCGAUGACGCCACCCUGGGCGGCCUGUUUCCCUCGGGGCCUGGCCGCCUCAAGGACCAAGUCCUGAAGAUUCAGGAGGAGGAGGCCCGAGGGGCCGGGGCCCCCCGGACACGUGCAGGCAGCGUGGCACGGGGCACGGUCAACCUGGCACUGGGCGUUCUGGUAGCCUGGCUCAGCAUCCCCGUGGUCCUCAACUUGCUGAGCCCCCGGCAGGUCAUGAACAGCUCCUUCAACCCCCUCCGGAUCGUCAACACAUACGGAGCCUUUGGCAGCAUCACCAGGGAGCGCACGGAGGUCAUCCUGCAGGGCACAGCCAGCGCCAACGCCAGUGCGCCCGACACUGCCUGGGAGGACUACGAGUUCAAGUGCAAGCCCGGGGACCUGAGGCGGCGCCCCUGCCUCAUCUCGCCGUACCACCACCGCCUGGACUGGCUCAUGUGGUUCGCGGCUUUCCAGACCUACGAGCACAACGAAUGGAUCAUCCACCUGGCGGGCAAGCUCCUGGCCAACGACGCGCAGGCCCUGUCCCUGCUGGCCCACAACCCCUUUGAGGGCCGGGACCCCCCCAGCCCAGAACCUCCACAGCCUGACGUCAGCGGUGAGUGGACACCUGCCCCCCCAGCCAUCCACGGCGCCUGCUGCAAUGCGGAGGGUCCCCACGAGAACAAGCUGGUCUAGGCCAGGAGGCCAGACUGAGGUGGGCACAAGCGUGAGUCUGUGCAGAGCCCCCCCGCCCGCCUGGGGGCCAGCCGGCCCAGGUGCCAACAGAGAGGCCGUGUUCUGCUCGCAGGCAAACAGGCGCCCUGUGUCUACCACGGGACAGAUGGGGCCUCAGACACGGAGCCUGGAGCCAGCACGUCUGCCCACGAUGGCUGCAUGGAGCUACCGCUGGCCCGCCGUGCCUGGGCCCUUCCCGGGGGGCUGUCCUGGGGACCCUGCCAGUGGGUGGGAGUACCAGGGGUGCCCCUGUGGGGCCCAGGACGGGCAGGGGGCCUGAAGAGACACUGUGUCUUGGCUCCGGGUGGCCCCCUGGCCCCAGAACCACAGGUGGCCUCCUUGCCAGGAGCCGUGGUGGGUGUCCGCCCUGCCAGCCCUGCCCACCACACUCUGGGCUCAGCGCCACCCAGGGAUCAGGCCGGGGAGCCGUCAGGACUCGGCACUCCUGGUAUGGGCUCUUCUCUUGGCUUUGGUCCAGCCAUACUGGUCCCAAGACUCCUGGGACCUCUUAGGACACACACAGACGGUGAUCUCAGACCUGCAGGCUGGGCGGAGCCAUGGGUGGAGCCAUGGACAGGAGUGAUAGCAGGAAGGUGGCCCAGGAACCCAGUGGCAUGCUCUCACCCCAGGGGACAUCCCAGGUGCAGUCAGGGUGGGUGCAUGGCCCACUAACAAAUCAAGGGCCCCAUCAGACCUGCCCAUGCCUCCACAGGCUCGGGUCCCUGAGGGGUCCCUACUGGUCAGAAGCGGCCCCACCCCGACCUUCAGAGCCUGUCCUGAGACCCACACCCUCCUGUCGAGAACAGUCAGAGCCCACCCUCCUGCAAAGCCCUCCCAUGGUCCACCUCACUGAGCCUGAACCUGUGGUCUCCACCCAUCACCUUGCCCCUCCCCUGCGUCCUCUCAUCCUGCUCACCCACCAGCCAUGUGGGGCCACAGGGCCUUUGCACUGGGAGCUCGCGGUGCUCACGACACUCAGGGCCACCUCUCCUGCCUUUGCUCGACCCCAGCUGCUCCUGGUCACACAUGGGUUGGCAGGGGCUCACGCUGGCCCCCCAGUGCUGGAUACACUGUUGACCUGAUGCAAGAGAAAGGCCCAGAGACGUGUGUCUGCUCCAACUGAAGCUGCCUCUGUCCAGUGUCAGGACAGUCAGCUGUUGGUGGGGAGGUCGGGGGGGCAGGGACACAAGGUUGGGGCUUGGCUCACCCCUCCCAGGACAGGCGACUGAGUCCUGGGGGUCCUGGUGGGUGAGGAUCCGCCCUCCUCGACAAGAAGCUCAGCUGCAGGUUGGGAACUGAAUUUCUAUCAGGUACGGGCCACUGCACAGGGUCCUAGGUUCACCUUCUAAAACCAGGAGUCCACUCAAGGCAGGGGCAGAGAUAUUCUCACAACACAGGAAGGGGUGGCCUGCUCGCAAGAGAGGUGAGCAGAGUGUGGCCUGGGCAUUGACCCUCUAGGGGACUGGAAAUUUAAGGUCAGUUCUUCCCACCCGCUCUCUCGAGCUGCCGCCUCAUGGAAACCUCUGCCUGACAGGCUCGCCCUCGAUGAGACCCCCGCCCCGUCUGGGGGCUUCUCCCCUGCAGAGCACUCUGCCCCUGUGGCUGCCUCAGUCUGAAUGGGGGUCUAUGUGGUGAUGGUUGCAACGCCCGGGCCCAGCCCCACACCUCCCCACAACUCUCUAACUCGAGGGCCCUGCACUCGGCCCUCUUGCUCCAAGACAGGACUUGGGCCUCCGGUCACCAAGCAGCAGCUAAGCUCAGGUGACCCACUGAGUCUGGCUGGGGGCUCAGCUGGGGGCCUGUCUCAGGGAGGACCCACUGCCUCCCUCUUGCUUGAGGACAGAGCAAAAGGCUCAACACAGGUCCUAUCCCCCUGAGCAGGGUGUGUGAGAGCCUGCCUCCAUCAAAGGGGCUCUGGGCAUCAUCCCUUUGCCAGAAGGUCUUCUCUCUCGGAGAUGAUAAACGCUGAGGCCACGCCCACCUUCAGUCAGAUCCAGCCCUCCUCUCCCCAGGCUUCCGCGUCCUCACAGGGAUGGCCCGACGUUCAGCGCUCUUAGGCCGCCGGCUCUGGAGGGACAGGGUCGGUAAACACCGGCCUGUGGCCCCUCAGGGGCAGGACCAUCUCCUGAGGCUGUCAGUUUUUAGAAUGGCCCGUGGAGACGUGGAAGCCUGAGCGGCCCUGAGUGCCUGGCUACCUGUCUCGACUGCCCCGCUGGAGGCCGCCCAGGGGCUGAGGCCUGCUCCCCCCGACAUUCGUCGGGGGCUGUUCUCGGUCCCCUCGCCCCUGUUCUCAGCAGCCACUCCAGCUUCUCAGGUCAGCUGUCCUGCUCUGUCUCACCCGCACGCGUGCUUUUCCUUCCUGCCACCUUUUCCAGGUCUGCCUUCCGUCUUCUCCUCGGGCUGCACGCUUACUGUCUUUCUUCCUGUUCCCCCGAUUUCUAAGCACAGCUGAGGACCCUCACACAGUGGCUGCGCUUGCAGGGCUUCGUGAAUUAGACCGUGGUCUCCUCUUAACGCAGCAAACGGCAGAGGCAGGGACUGAGGUGCUCACGCGCAGGGACUGGGAGGCAGCCUUUUACCUGAGUUUUAUCAGCCUGUUUGUCACUCCCAGCGCCCCUCGCCCCCACACCGCCAGCACGCUGGGUCAACACCCCUUUCAGAAGUGAACAGACUCUGGUACGAAGGACACUUGAAUUCCAAGAAGGCUACUUGCGUCCCUCUGCGGAGAGGUUCCCUUGCUCAGCAUCAUGACAACCUGUCCCCAAGAUCCACUCCCACCCUAUAUCCUGUGGCCUGAGGACACCAUGGACCUUUGCGCUCAGGGACUCAAUUCCAAAGGUGGAACUCACAUGUCAGAAAACUUAACCUUUAUAGUUCCUAAAAUAAUCAACAGAAUUGACGCAACAGUAGCUUUUACUGACGAAAAGAGAAGAUACAAACAACUAAAAUCAAAAAAGCUAAGUGGGACAUUACUAUCUACAUCACAGACAUAAAAAGGACCACAAGAAAACAGUGUGAACAAAUGUGCCAACAAAUCAGGUAACCUAGACGACCCAAAUUCCUAAAGACAUGAAACGCUCAAAGUGACUCAAGAAGAAAAAGGAAAUUGAAGAGAUCUCUUGCACAUAAGAUUGAAUCAGUAAUCAAAACUUCCCAGCAGAGAAAAAGACUGAAGCAGAUGGCUUUGUUACAGAAUACUCCCAAGAAUUCAAAGAAAAGUUAACACAAAUCCCUCCCAAACUCUUUCCCAAAAAAAUCAGAAAAGGAGGGAACACUUCCUAACUCAUCUUAUGAGGGCAGUAUUACCCUGGUAACAAAGACAGACAAAGACACCAGUAUCCUUUAUGAACAGAGAUAAUUCUGUUAUCAGAAUUAUUUAUAACAAAAAUCCUCAACAAAAUACUAGCAAAACAAGUCUAUCAGCAUAUUAAGAGAAUUAUAUGCCAUGACUGAGUGGGAUUUUCCCCAGAAAUGCCAGAGUGGUUCAACAUAAAAUCGAUCAAUGUAAUACACCACAUCAACAGAAUGUGGUGGUGGUGGUUUGGUCACCGUGUCGUGUCCGACUCUUGCAACCCCAUGGACUGUAGCCUGCCAGGCUUCUCUGUCCAUGAGAUUCUCCAGGCAAGAAUACUGGAGUGGAUUGCCAUUUCCUUCUCUAGUAACAGAAUAUAGGUGCAGGGAAAAAAAGUCUUUCAGUUGAUGUAAGAAAGUCAUUUGCUCUCAUGAUAAAACCACUCAGAAAACUAGGAAGAGAAGGGCACUUCCACACAUAACAAACAUUCAUGAAAAACCCCACAGCUAAUGUCAUCCUCAAUGGUGAGAGACUGUAAACUUUACCUCUGUGAUCAACACCAAGACAAGGACACCCAUGUGCACCACUGCUAUUCAACACUGCACUGGAGAUUGAGCCAGAGCAAUUAGUCAAGAAAAAUAAUUAAAAGGCUUUGAAAUUGGAAAGGAAGCAGUGAAACCAUAUUCACAGAUGAUAUAAUCAUAUAUAGAAAAGUCCAGUGAUCCACAAAAAUACUACUGGAGCUAAUAAAUUAAUUCAGCAAAGACUGAGGGUAUGAGAUCAACAUGCAAAAAUCAGAUGUGUUUCUAUACCUGCAAUGAACAAUCUGAAAAAGAAACUAAGGGAACAAUACCACUUACAAUAGCAUCCAAAAGGAUCAAAAACCUAAGAAUAAAUAAAACCAAGGAGGUGAACGACUUCUACACUGAAAGGUGCAAAAAUGAGAAGCAUCUAUGUCCAUGGAUUUGAUGACUUAAUUCUGUUAAGUUGACAGUACUAAUAAAGUAUCUACUAAGUUGAUGCAUCUCUAUCAAAAUUCCAAUGGCCUGUUUUAUAGAAAUAUAAAAGUCAAUCCUCAAGUCCACAUGGAAUUGCAAGGGCCCCAAAUAAUGAAAACAACUUUGAAAAAGAAGAAAGUCGACGGGCUCACACUUCCUGAUUUUAAAACUUAAUACAAAGUAAUCAAAACUGGUAAUAGCACAAAAA